CGCUUGCGUGCCAGCGGCCGCCGGGCCGGGCCAUUCUCCCUCGCUCUCUCUCCUCUCCUCUCCCUCCCUCCCCGCCAGCCCGCGCGCGCCUCAGAGAGCCCGGUACGACUGGCUGACGGGAGUGCGAGUGGUGUGUGGGAUGUGAUGCGAGCCGCCAGAGAAAAUGGCGGCGGCAGCAGGAGGAGGAGGAGGGUCGGCGGCUGCUGCGGCGGCUGCUGCUGCUGCUGUGGCGGCUGCGAGUCGCAUCUCCUCCUCGGUCGGAUUAUCGUCGAGUAAGGAAGCCGCCGCCGCCGCCUCUGCUUCCCCUUCCUGCUCCGUCCCAGCCGCCCGGAGCCCGAAGUCUGUGAGGAGCGGCGGGGCUGGGAGCGCUGGAGGCGGCGGCGGCGCGCUCCUGACGAGAGACCCGGGCGGCGGCGGCAUUCGGGAGCCUCGCUCGGACUGGAGGCGGAAGCAGCUGCGCAAAGUGCGGAGCGUGGAGCUGGACGGGCUGCCGGAGCCCGCCGAGUGCCCGGAGCUGCCCCUCUGCCUCUCGGGAGCCGCCGCCGCCUCUUCCCCGUCGGCCGCGCAGCCGCGCUCGACCCCCGGCAGCCCCGCGUCCUCCCCCAGCCGCGGCUUCCUCCUCGCCGGCUCCCCCGACGCGCCGCUGCCAGACGCCGCGAGCCAAGCUGCGGGAGCUGGCGCCGCCGAGAAGACCGUGGAGCCGCCGCCCCCUCCGGGCGGAACAGGUCGUGACAUGGAGAAUAAAGAAACCCUCAGGGGGCUGCAGAAAAUGGAUGACCGCCCAGAAGAGCGCAUGAUCAGGGAGAAACUCAAGGCAACAUGUAUGCCUGCUUGGAAGCAUGAAUGGCUUGAAAGGAGGAGUAGGAGAGGCCCUGUGGUAGUAAAACCAAUACCGAUAAAAGGUGAUGGCUGUGAAGCAAACAAAGCAGCAACGGAGCCUGUUUCUGAGGGACAAACAAGUGCUACUUCACCUACUCAGAAGGGGAGGCGGAGCCCUUCUCCUAGCAGUUCCUCUUCAUCCUCAUCUAGGGCGGUUAAAUCGGAAUCACCAGGUGUAAGAAGGAAAAGGUUAUCUCCUGUGCCUUUUCAGAGUGGACGAAUAACACCACCACGAAGAGCUCCAUCUCCAGAUGGCUUCUCACCAUAUAGUCCUGAAGAAACAAAUCGGCGGGUCAACAAGGUCAUGAGGGCCAGAUUGUACCUCUUACAGCAGAUAGGACCGAAUUCUUUCUUGAUAGGAGGAGACAGCCCAGACAAUAAAUAUAGGGUAUUCAUUGGUCCUCAGACCUGCAGCUGUGGGCGUGGAACAUUUUGCAUUCAUCUCCUAUUUGUUAUGCUUCGUGUGUUUCAACUUGAAUCUUCAGAUCCAAUGCUCUGGCGAAAAACCUUGAAGAACUUUGAGGUUGAAAGUUUGUUCCAGAAAUAUCACAGUAGGCGUAGCUCAAGGAUCAAAGCCCCAUCUCGUAACACCAUCCAGAAGUUUGUCUCACGCAUGUCAAAUUCUCAUACAUUGUCAUCAUCUAGUACGUCUACAUCUAGUUCAGAAAACAGUAUCAAGGAUGAAGAAGAACAGAUGUGCCCCAUUUGUUUGCUAGGCAUGUUGGAUGAAGAGAGCUUGACUGUCUGCGAAGAUGGCUGCAGAAAUAAACUUCACCACCACUGCAUGUCAAUAUGGGCAGAGGAGUGUAGAAGAAACAGAGAGCCUCUUAUAUGCCCUCUUUGUAGAUCUAAGUGGAGAUCUCAUGAUUUCUAUAGCCAUGAGUUGCCAAGCCCUGUAGAAUCUCCUUCUGUUCUUCGUGUUGUCCAGCAGCAAACUCAGCAGCCUACAGCCGUCUCACCGAGGAGGAGUCAAGAUAGUAAUUUUAACCUUACUCAUUAUGGGGUCCAGCAAAUCCCUUCUGCCUAUAAAGACUUAGCUGAGCCAUGGAUACAGGUGUUUGGAAUGGAAUUAGUUGGCUGCUUGUUUUCUCGAAACUGGAAUGUACGUGAGAUGGCCCUUAGACGUCUCUCCCAUGAUGUUAGUGGUGCUCUAUUAUUGGCUAACGGUGAAAGCACUGGAAAUUCUGGAAGCAGUGGUGGCAGCACCACAAGUGCUGGAACUCUAGGAGCAGCUAUUGGGUCAUCACAAACCAGUAUCUCAGGAGAUGUGGAGUCCUGCUGUAGUGUCCUUUCCAUGGUGUGUGCCGAUCCCGUCUACAAAGUCUACGUUGCUGCUUUAAAAACAUUAAGAGCCAUGCUGGUAUAUACACCCUGUCAUAGUCUGGCAGAGAGGGUAAAAUUGCAACAACUUCUGAAGCCAGUUGUGGAAACUAUAUUGGUGAAAUGCGCAGAUGCUAACAGCCGCACAAGCCAACUUUCAGUUUCAACACUCCUUGAGAUGUGCAAGGGCCAAGCUGGAGAACUGGCAGUUGGUAGAGAAAUACUUAACUCUGGGUCCAUUGGCAUUGGUGGUAUUGAUUUUGUCUUAAAUUGCAUCCUUGGAACACAGCCUGAACCAAACAAUUGGCAAGCACUGCUUGGGCGCCUUUGUCUUAUCGAUAGACUGCUGUUGGAGUUUCCUGGUGAAUUUUAUCCCCACAUUGUCAGUGGGGAUAUUUUACAGGCAGACACUGUCGUAGACAGGUACAAAAAGCUGCUGUCACUGUUGAACUUUGCUCUGCAGUCAAUUGACAACUCCCACUCAAUGGUUGGCAAAUUGUCACGGAGGGUAUUUUUAAGUGCUGCCAGAAUGGUUGCAAGAGUACCGCACGUGUUUAUUAAACUCUUAGAAAUGUUGAGUAUGACGAGCUCAACACAUUACACAAGGAUGCGCCGGCGGUUGAUGGCUAUAGCAGAUGAAAUGGAAAUUGCAGAAGCCAUCCAGUUAGGUAUGGAAGAGAUGCAUUCCGGCGAAUGCAGGCACGAAUUUGCACAGCCACCAGUUCCUGAUAACUCUCCAGAGUCCACAGAGAGCAAUACUCCAAAUAACACGAUUCAGUUAUCAGGGAAAAGUGGGAAAGGUGUGGGUGACAAAAAACCAAGUGCCAGUCCUGAGGACAUUUCCGACAUGGUGGCUGGUAUGUCUCUGGGACUUUCUGUUUCUUCAGGAACAAUGGAGCAACCAAAACCAGCCGUUCAAACAAAAGGCAGACCCCACGGUCAGUGCUUGAACUCUUCUCUCUCAUCCUGUCAUUCCCAAUCCGUAUUCCCAACUUUGUCAUCCCCCACUACGCCAUCCGUACCCGCAGGCGCUGAUGUUUCUAAACUCAGACCUCAGGGAUUUGUUCCCUGCAAAAUGCCCUCUGCUUCUCCUCAAACGCAACGGAAGCUUUCUCUCCAGAUUCAAAGAAACUGUGCUGAACAUAAAGAAUCAGAAAAACUGUCUCCUGUCUUUACACAGGCCCGGCCUUUGCCAUUCAGUCAUAUACACCGGCCAAAGCCAUCUCGACCUACUCCAUGUGAAAUGAACAAGCAGGGGGAAGCCUCCAAAAACAGCAUGACGCUUAAUUUAAAUGAUAUAUCACAGUGUGAUAGCAAUAGUAGUAGCAAUAAUAGUGCAAUCAUACCAAGUGAAGAGACUGUUUUCACCCCUGUGGAAGAAAAACGUAGCCAGCUGGAUAUUAAUACAGAACUCAAUUCCAGUAUGGAGGACUUACUUGAGGCUUCGAUGCCAGCGAGUGAUGGAACAGUCACGUUCAAGUCUGAAGUGGCGGUUCUGUCUCCUGAGCGCGCGGAAAACGACAACACAUACAAAGAUGAUGUGAACCAUAAUCAGAAAUGCAAGGAAAAGAUGGAAGCUGAAGAAGAGGAAGCUUUAGCUAUUGCCAUGGCAAUGUCAGCAUCUCAGGAUGCCCUUCCAGUAGUUCCUCAAUUGCAGGUUGAAAAUGGUGAAGAUAUCAUAAUCAUUCAGCAGGAUACACCAGAGACGCUGCCUGGGCAUACCAAAGCAAAGCACCAUUACAGGGAAGAUAUAGAAUGGCUUAAAGGUCAACAAAUUGGCCUUGGUGCCUUUUCUUCAUGUUAUCAAGCUCAGGAUGUUGGAACUGGGACGUUAAUGGCGGUGAAACAGGUGACAUAUGUCAGGAAUACAUCAUCUGAGCAGGAAGAGGUGGUAGAAGCUCUGCGGGAAGAGAUACGAAUGAUGGGUCAUCUAAAUCACCCUAAUAUAAUUCGAAUGAUGGGUGCUACGUGUGAGAAGAGCAAUUACAAUCUCUUUAUAGAAUGGAUGGCAGGGGGAUCUGUUGCUCAUUUGUUAAGUAAAUAUGGAGCCUUCAAAGAUUCUGUCAUUGCAAACUACACAGAACAGUUGCUUCGUGGCCUUGCUUACCUUCAUGAGAAUCAGAUAAUUCACAGAGAUGUCAAAGGUGCCAACUUGUUAAUUGACAGCACAGGCCAUAGGUUAAGAAUUGCGGAUUUUGGAGCUGCAGCUAGGUUGGCAUCUAAAGGAACUGGCGCUGGAGAGUUUCAAGGACAGUUGUUGGGGACCAUUGCAUUUAUGGCACCCGAGGUGUUAAGAGGCCAGCAGUAUGGUAGGAGCUGUGAUGUGUGGAGCAUUGGUUGUGCCAUUAUAGAAAUGGCUUGUGCUAAACCCCCCUGGAACGCAGAGAAACAUUCCAAUCAUCUUGCUUUGAUAUUUAAGAUUGCCAGUGCAACCACAGCUCCAUCAAUCCCACCGCAUCUCUCUCCAGGCUUAAGGGAUGUGGCGCUUCGGUGUUUGGAGCUUCAACCUCAGGACAGACCCCCAGCAAGGGAGUUGCUGAAACACCCUGUCUUCCGCACUACGUGGUAGUUUGUUAUGUAAAAGUGGGGAUACACUGAACAUGAUGCUACUGAAUAUAGAACAGUGCUGGUCUUCCUGUGCAGUUUUGCAUGACAGUAUGUAUUAACUGUUCUGCUGGCCUUAACUAUACAUUUUUGAGGACUUGAGGUCAGUAGAGGACCUGUACUUAAGUAUGUGACUGACAAAUCGAGAUCUUUACCUAAGCUCAGUAUGCAACAUUUCACAGACUGCAGAAAUAUGUAAACUGUGCCUUUCUCAAAGAUCUGGCUCUUCGUGAACAAAAAAGCAAUUCCUCUUUUAAAUCUGCAUGAUUAUUUAGUGGAAGAAGUGGUUUUUAAUUUUUUUAUUAUUUUGGAGCACUUUUUCAGCAAUACUAGCAGCUGAGGGGCUCAGGAGCCAUUUAAAAACUGCAAUCCCAUUUCCAUUUCACACCAUGCAAACAUCAGCAGUUAUGGGCUCUACAACCCAAUUUAGGUUGUUUUCGUUACUCAUCAUUAAGAAGGUACAGUGUCUGUGCAUUAUAUUUUCCAUGUUCUUUAAGUGGAGGAAAAAAACAGUUGAUAGUUUUGAAUCCACAUUUUGCCUUCCUAAAAGUCACUGACCAUGGCAAUUUGGGUUCAAUGUGCAUUUACUGCUAGCCUUGUAACUUCCCCUUGGAAGUUACAGUUCUGUGCUUUCAUUUUAUCCUUCAGGGAAUAAGUGAUUUUUUAAAAAAACACACGCCCAUAGUAGCUAGAACUUGGUUCAAGCUAAAUAUUGCUGGAUAACCUGUUAUAAAAGACUGUGAUACAGAUUGGUUUGAAAUCUGGAAUAAAAUACUGCCAUUGAGUCAGUAUUUUAAGUGGGAAGCUUUGGGAGGGGGAAAUGCACAAUUACUUUCGAUAACAGAAUUUGUAACCAAGGGUCAAAUGAACUGUUUUGGAGCCUUUCUUUCAUGUAAUAAUUCUCAUGGUAAAGCUGUGUAGAAAAGUUUUAUGUCAAGCCUGCCACUACCCAGCUUCCAUUCUAAGUCAACCUUUGAUGGGAGCCAAAUAUUAAAAUCCAGUCUUACUCUCAAUUUACCACUGUGUUCAUGUCCACCAUUGUUGGAUUUGCCUGCUGUUUUCCUUCUACCAUGCAUCAUCUGUUUACAGUUGCAAUUGAUAAAUAUGUAAUUUGGCAAUAUUUUAAAAAGGAAAAGAAAAUCACUUAAGCUCUUUUUAAAAAAAAAAAUUAAGAGUUUUUCAGGAAAAAAAUGUGCUUGGACUUGAAAAAUAUAACCCACAAGUAUAAUGUGAGAAAAUUCUUCAACCAGAGUGCAAAACUACUUUUUAGUAAAGAUUUUUAAUUGUUUCAUGGUGGUUUUUAAGGGCAGGCUUUUAGAUUUUGAUGAAUGGAUUACUGAAGGAAAAUGGCAGCUAUUCUUUUGCUUUUGGUCAGUCUUUUUGAAAUAAAAUACUGGUUGUGUUUAUAAUCAGUUUGUUUUAAUAACUGUUCAAGUUUUAACUCUUCAGAAGCCAGUUGAAUUAUUGACCAGAAAUUGGUUAUGCUCAAAGACUCAGGACAAACUAAAUAAGCUAUAAUACUGUACAUUAUUGACAAUGUACGACUCGCUGAUUGGAAACAAAACAAGUGAGGUUUACAGCAGUGAUCAUGCUAGCGUUAAAUAAAAGCAAUGUCAUUAAAUGUGGAUGUGCAUUUUUCUUAAAACAUUACCUUCCUUUGCUUUUUGAAGAUUGACAGGCUUUGAAGAGUUAAAAAAAAUCGAAAUGUGAAGUUUGGUAGCUCUGUAUUUGUAUUUGACUUCUGUUUCUUGACAGUUUAGAAUUUACUCUGAUCAGAUUGUUUCCAAGUCUCUUCUGUGCAAGCUUUAAAGGAUGCGCUCUUGCCAAUUCAUGUACUGGAAGAUCAGUUGUCAGAUUAAUGCAGUUUCUGACAAAAUUGUCAAUUGUAUAAACUGAUGAACCUCAGCUAAUCAGUAUUACCUUUCUAGAUCACCAUGUCUACCACAUAUCAAAUUCAGACUGCCUCUAGGUGUCUAAAAGCAUUGUCUGAGUUUGUUUGCAUUUCCCUCAGCUUGCUGGUAAUUGUGGGGUUUUUUUAAUGCAGAUGUGAUGUAAUCUUAUUUUAUUUGGAUCAAAGCUGGACUGAAAAUUGUAUUGUGUAAUUAUUUUUGUGUUCUUAAUGUUAUUUGGUACCUAAGUUGUAAAUAACGUCUACUGCUGUUUAUUCCAGUUUCUACUACCUCAGGUGUCCUAUAGAUUUUCUUCUACCAAAGUUCACUUUCACAUUGAAAUUAUAUUUGCUAUGUGACUGAUUUCCUAAGACUUCCAGGGCUUAAGGGCUAACUUCUAUUAGCACCUUACUGUGCAAGUAAAUUUUAAAGAUCUCUAGGUUAAGAAAAUUUGGCUUCAUUAUAUCCUUUGUUAUUUUAAAUAUAUCAAGAUAUUUUAAUUAAAGUUUUUACCCCUUUGAA